AUGAAUUGGAUCACCAUUGGCAUUGGGCUUCCUUUUACUCUAAUUGUGAUAGUUGCCGUUUUUCUACAGGCGAAAAAGUACCAGGAUGUCCCGGUCUAUGUCAUCAACCUUCUCUUCUCUGAUAUCAUUCAGUUUUGCUGCAGAAUUCCAUUGGAUUUAGAAGGGCAUGAGUUUAUUGGUCGUUUCAUCUUGUCUAUUGGUUUAAUGGCCAGUGUUGGAUUCAUGGUGUGCAUCUCCUUUGAAAGGUAUUUGGUCGUCACCAAGCCGAUGUGGUACAGAUUCAGGAGAAGCAUCAAGAUGUCCGUUGUGGUCUGCAUCGCGGUCUGGGCUCUUACUCUUCUUUUAAUAGUUACCGGUUACCUGGCAGCUGUUUCUUGGAAUUUGAAUCCUUUUACUUUAAUGAUAUGUGUUCUCCUCCUGCCCUUACCCGUCCUCAUCUUCUUCUUAGUUGGGACCGUUAAAGCCAUGUCUAAGGCCCGCAGUGUCCCAGCCGAUGAAAAACGACGAAUUGUAGCCAUUCAGGUUGUUGUGCUGCUAAUUUACACCCUGCUGUUCCUGCCCACGAUCAUUUUGUACCUGUUGUUGAAUUUUAUGAUUGUUUCGCUGCAUCUAAUGAUCAUUGCUUCAGUUUUUCUUUUUCUUAGUCCCCUUGCAGACACCACUCUGUAUUUUUUGAGUCGGAAAAGCAUCCUGGAUAAGUUUCUGGCUUCACUCUGUUCUUGUAAAGUAUCGAACCAUCAGGAGGUGAGCAGCAGGGAUCGUGAAAGCACGAUUCCAUCAACUACUGAGACUGAUUAG